GUUUUGUUUCCACGCCAUAUUUGUUAGCCGGCUAGCGCUCGCUGAAGAGGCGUCUGACGCGAUCUCGGCACAAUCCGAAAUCAUCGGUGCUUUUCUGAAGCGUAUCGACCCCGCGGCCGCGUCUCUCACCGCCUAUACGCGUUUACGAGUACUCAGUCGACGUUUUGGCCGCGAGCGCAGCGCAGAAUUUAAAUAAAAACGAAACGAUCGUGUCGCGUUCCCCUGAGAUCAAAGCAGGACUGUGACUAGCAGGGGGUCUCUCGCGGUUCGUUCGGAUUAAUUCCUUUCGCCACGUACUUUUUUAUCAAACACAACCCUCGAUAAAAUGGCUUGUGGAGCCACUCUUAAAAGGACUAUGGAUUUCGAUCCUCUGAUGAACCCGGCGUCGCCGAAGAGGAGAAGAUGUGCGCCCAUGUCUCCGUCCAGCUCCAGCGCCUCUCCGCAGAAGUACCUGCGCAUGGAGCCCUCGCCCUUCGGCAGAGUGUCUUCAGCCCUCACCACAGACAAAACAGUCCAGCAAACUCCACAAGCAACAACAAUGAAAAAACAGCAAAUCCUGAGCAACAUCAAGCAGGAGUACAAGCGCAUGCAGAAGAGGAGACAUCUGGAGAGCAGCUUCCAGCAGACAGAGUCCUGCUGCCCCCUUGACUCACAGCCACACUCCUCCAUCAGCAGCACAGCCACACUGCCAGGGUCGGCCUCCCCCUCCAGACGCGAGCAGCCUCUCUUCACGCUGAAGCAGGUGGGCAUGAUCUGUGAGCGUCUGCUGAAGGAGCGCGAGGAGAAGGUGCGCGAGGAGUACGACGAGAUCCUGACCACCAAACUCGCAGAACAGUACGAUGCUUUCGUGAAGUUCACCCACGACCAGCUGAUGAGGCGGUUCGGAGAGCAGCCGGCCAGCUAUGUGUCCUGAGCGCUGUCCCGCUGCGCCGGCCGUGCUCUCGUCUGAGCUCCUGACACUCAGGACAGGUCCAGCUGGUCUUCAGAGGCUUCUGUCAGUGCGUAACCACUCUCUCUGCAGCGAUCCUCCUCACCUGCUAAUAUUACUCCAGUCGGUGGCUCUUGUGUCUCUUACUGAACCCUGGAUAUUUAUUAGGCUCUGACCAUGCCUUUUAUACAGUCGCCUGUCAUUUCAUCCUCCUUUUUUAUGUUUCGAUUUUGUAAAAUGCCUUUUAUUCGCUGCGAAUGAUGUCGAUUGCCAUGAUAAACGUGAGGCGGUGUGCGAGGGAGACUGCUGUUCAUAGCUUUGUGUAAAUACACCCUGGCUUUCAUCUGGAGGUUUCAUGUACAAAUCAAAUACAGCAUUUAUUUUGAUUGGAGUCUGUUUUCAUGCUUUGUAUUUAUUUUUGGUUUUUUUUGCCCCUUUCCUCUGCAUUAUGGUUUUACUGCUCCUGUAGUUUAAAUGACUUAUGUUGGGAAAGUAUACAAAUAAAGUGUUUACAUAA